UUAUAAAGUGCGUGGAUACACGCGGGGUGCAGUGUCUAUACAGCAGGCUUAUCUUCCUUACACGCACGCGCACAUUACGUGCCCUUAGCAAUGGAGGAAUCAUUUACAUUGUUCUGAGCCCUCAGGAAAUUUUGCGAAUGUGGGAAAAUUUUGACAUGGCUGAGAAAAUAGAAGAGGACUUGGCUGUCCAAAAAGAUGGAAACCUUCCUCAGGAAUCUCGUGUGUGUGAAACAGUUUCAUUUGUUCAAAUCAAAACGCAAGCAGUCUUCGGAUAUGUUCCUGAGAAAUGCUACUUUUCUGCGUGCCUGCUCGAUGGUGUGAUAACUGUGGUUAGCGGACAAACUGAUCAGGGUCAGCUACGCAGUACUAUCGAAAGCAUCGAUAUUGAAACUGGUGAUCGCUGCUGCGAACCCAUUGACUUCGAGGGUCUGGUCGCCUGUGAUCUUCACGUUCUGAAUGUACCACAAGUACAUCUCAUGGAAGUUCCAGGAGAAAAUCAAGAAAGCUCAGAGGCUCCAGACAAUACAUCCCCAUCGCCACCUGUCCUGUUGAACUCUGCCACAGCAGACGAGAGCACUGUGACACAGCCACAGGAAAUGUGAAGAUUUUAUAGAGCAAUGCAAAUGGUUUGCUGGUAAAAAAUGAAAUCAGCACAGGACUUAAACCUGGCUGAACAAAUAGAGAAAAAGAAGAAUGAUUGAUGUCUGACCAGUGGGUGUGGGAUGAAAAAAAGGGAUGACACAAAGAAGAAGAUACGGGAAAGCAAAUGCUUCGAAUCUGACGUUAAAACAUUGAAUAACAAUAACUAAGAAUAGUAAUAUAUAUAAAGGAAGUCUUUACGAACACUUUUCCUUCUGACACUUCCUCUUUAUAUGUGGAAAUAGAUGUUUUGAAGUGUUGAUUGAUGUGUAAGUAUGUGCACUGACUUAAUUGUUGUUAUUACAGACGAUCGUGUUAUGUGUCCAGAUAGACUAACCCUCGACCGUUAUGAUGAUAUUCUAUGUUCGAUUUCAUUAUCUCAACUAUAAAUUAAACUAAGUCGAUGUUAUACCUUUUUUUAAUAUUUUUUGCUGCUAAAAACAGCUUACUGUGAUAAAGCUAUUGUUUGUUUUCAUGACA